UUUAGCUGCUAUAAGAACCCUCCCUGACACGAUGACUAUCAAACUGGACCAUCCAAUGGGCAAGUGUCAAAACUAACUGGGGACUACUGCUGUCUAAACCUCCGAGUUACAGCUAAGUUUAUGCGCGGCUCUUGUCUGCAUGCUGCUGUUUUCUACUUGAAAAUAAGGGAUUGGCUUUCGCCUGGGAAACACUUGCCUACCUAUGAUGGCUUUUACUAUGCUCAGGCCGGUGUCGACGCAUCCCUUCUCUUACCCCGCUGACCUGACCUUGAUCUCGGACGACGAAGAGGGGAACCACAGCGAGAGCGACGGCAGCACCGACCAGGGCUAUGGCUGCUGCGGGAUUCCGCGGGACAGUUAUAGGCGGGAGUCCGGCGUCGUGGUGCCGCAUCGGAACACCGCUAACGCCAGGGAAAGACACCGGACCCAGAACGUCAACACGGCUUUCACGGCGCUGCGGACACUCAUCCCUACGGAACCGGUGGACAGAAAACUCUCCAAAAUCGAGACGCUGCGCCUGGCGUCCAGCUAUAUCUCCCACUUGGCCAACGUUCUUGUGGUCGGGGACGGGAGGGAGGACGGACAGCCUUGCCUCAGUGCUGUCUACAAGGAGGGGAAGGGGGGUAGAGAAGGCAAACAGCCCCGGAAUAUCUGCACAUUCUGCCUCAGCAACCAACGGAAAGGGGUGAAAGACAAACGAGACUGUGUGAAAAUGCAUGGAAGCAGUGCGAGACAAAUAAGUCGACGAUGAAACUGUAUGAGUAGGAUUGGAUCUACUUUUCAGAGCAGAGGAAACCUCCACCAAUCAUUCCUAGUCUGGAUGCAUCUCAGUCUUUGAGGACUACUCUGAAGUUUUGGUUUGGCUCAUUGGUCACUUAAACCUGUAUGAGGAUUGGCACCAAAACCUGAAGAUACAGUCACUCGUUCCAGGACACUAACUAAUGUCAUAGUAAAAUAGUUCAUUUCUCACUUUCAAAUUAGACCAUACAGCUGCUAUAUGUUCAUGGAUGUUCUUUUCAUUUGAAUGACAAACAUGUUCAGGGAAUUAGUGGCAGAAUAUGUUCAAAUUUAAAAAUGAAAUGAGUUACAUUGGACAAGUUUGUUUAUUUAUACUUUACAGCGGUUUGAAAUUUACUGACCAUAGAAUAUACAACAUUACCCGCUCUGUAUUACUAAAAGGUUUAUUAUCAGAGAGCUGCAUUGAUAAUACUAAUCUCCUAUUAUUUCUUAAAAGGCACACUCCAUAAUCCAAAAGAAUAUCCUUUUAGGCUACUAUUAGAUGAACUUAAAGUUCUCCAAUAUAUGAACUGACCACAAAUGAUAACCAAAUGUGUUAUCAAAGUUGUAUGAUGCUGGUUAAGGUUUAUUUAUAUAAACAAAUAAAUAACGUCUUCUGUUAUCUGUAGGUCAAAUUAUCAAAGCAUUAGCAGACUGCUGGACAAAUGGCUCUAUCAUAGUUAUAGAGAUGCUGUUGGUGCCUCUCCCCUUAGCUGUAUUGGGUAAAGUAUGAGACAAACUCAUAAAAGUUUGCAUCGUUCUUUGGGAAGCUCGGUUCACAAAGGGACUUGUAGCUUACAGCAGAUCAGUUUCAGGAAUGAAAUGUGAGAGGACAGACCUGUCCAUCCACCUGAGCUGGUGUUGUGAAGUUGUGUGCAACAGGACACAUUUGUGGGACACUAUUUUGUUUUCUUUUUCAUUACAUGUAAUCUACUUUGAAAUUAAAUUUAUUUUUACAUAGAUGUAGCGCUCU